CCGCCUCCACCGGCUGCCAUGGUAACAGCGAGACGCUAAAGAUGGCGCGAUGCAUGGUACUCAGCUAAGAAGCUAACGUAAAUAGCAUGUUUGUAUGCGACGUUUAUCGAAAAACACACUGUCCACAGUGAUUUCAGCUGAUAGAUGGAUAUCACUUAACGAGGAAUAAUCUAUGUUCACUUAUCAUUUUGUUGUCUGUGAGCGUUUACUCAGGUUAGUCCUCCGGGUGCAGUUCCUCAAUUAGCAUAUAUGCUAGCUUGAACAUAGCUAGCCGGUUGACUUGAUACACAGUUCCAACUGAGCGAGCGCUGCUUAUAUCAUUAACCAUGGCUUUCUAUGAAGCGUAUUCUCACCCGGCUUUGAUUCGGUACAAGACGAGUGUUUGCACGAAAGCCACUCUCUUUCUUAUCGUGGUUUUGUGCCUCACCUACAUCGCACCUCUGCUGGUUGCCUACAGGAGCCAAGGUUUCUGGAUAAAAAGAAGCACCUAUGAGGAACAGCCGGUGGUGAGGUUCCAGUACCAGGCUCUGCUGGUGGCAGCGACCAGUUCUCUGGGAGACUACGUCGCUUGGAGCACCUACCCCAAUCUGAACAACAUGCUUGGGACUAACCUCCGGAUCCCUGCUGUCUCUGUGAGAGAAGAGGACCAAAACCAGGAUGGCAAGUUGGACCUCCUGAUUCUUCAGCUGCAACUACCUUUAAAACCUGAGGAGCAGGUGUACAGUGUCCAGCUGCUGCUCACCUUCAGCUACCAGCUGUUUCGGAUGUCCACAGUGGUGAUGCAGAGCCUGGCCUACGUGCAGCACUCCUCUCCUGUCCCUGGAGCUAAGCUGUUCAUCAGCGGAGACCUCAGGCUGCAGCAAAGGAUGCCCCUGCCUCACCGGGGACUGUACAACAUUUACAAUGUGUCAGUGAUUGAUGGCUCCAGCCCUUUUGCGAGUGCAUAUGACCUUGACAACAUAAUUAAGAGAUACCAGGAUAGAAACUUGACCACAGUACUGUCCUGUCCCAUGCCAGUCUGGACCGUGGGACGAGCUGCUGGUUCUCCCUUCGAGCUGAAUGCUGAGAUACGUUACCCUGUGGAGGUCAUUAGCUAUCGUCCUGGCUUCUGGGAAACCAUCAAAUUUGCCUGGAUCCAGUACGUCAGCAUCCUCCUCAUCUUCCUCUGGGUCUUUGAACGUAUCAAGAGAUUUGUUUUCCAGAACCAGGUUCUGACCACUGUACCUAUACCAGCAGGAAAACCUCACCAGUCAUGAUUCAGUGGAAGUGCUUGGAUCUUAAGGUUUCUAUGCUGGCCCUGCUCUACUGGAGCUACACUGGUUCUUAACAUGAAAAAUGCAUUUCUCCUUUUUCUGCUGUUUUAGGCAAUAGAAAUUUAUUACACAUAUAUAGUUUUGUAUAUAUUUUUAUUAGUUGUCUUUGUUUAUGUGCGCACUUAUUUUUGUAUUGCAUCUAGCUGUAGGUGAUUGUUAAUAAACGAUUUGUACAUCUUAA